AUGAUCAUUCCGGUGUUGUUCUUGUUUUUCUUAUCACCCACACAAUCAGCUAAUUUUACUCAUUUUGAAAGUGAAAAUCCAUUAUUAUCCCCAAAAGAACCAAGGGUGAGCAAAAUAGUAAACUAUGCUGACGGCACUGUGGUUUUACGAACAUUUCGAAGAAAUGAUACAGCAACGAAAUUAUCAAAAGAAAAAUAUCCCUUCCUUGUUUCAGCCGGUUACGAAUUUGUAUGUUCAGAUCCACUUUUAUCAUUACGUAUAAUUUAUCCAAAUGGGAGUUUAUCAGAAGUAGACGUUGAUAUUGGAUCAAUAGAAUUGAAUUACUGUGCAUUUAAAUUUAAAGAAUUAGGAACAUAUCAAUUUCCUAUACAGUUUUUUGCCAUAACAGAUGGAUAUUUAUUAGUUACAUAUACAAAUGCAACAGAUGAAACCAUGCAAGAGACAUAUGAAGAAUGGGCAAUGGUUUUAGAUCUAACAGGAAAAGAUUAUAGUAAACUUUACCUUGCUUCGGCGUUUUUUCAUCCUAUCACGGGCGUUUGGAGGCCGAAUUACGCUUGGUUCAUUGUUAAUAUAAAUCCUUCUAAAGGAUUUCUUCGUUUUGGUCCACAAAGUCUUUCAACUAACCUUACAUGGCAACAAUAUCAUGUGAAUGGAUCGGGCAUAUUGAAAAAAUUAUCCGAAGACUUUACCCCAAUCAAAUUUUUUACCGCUCAGGUCGCUGCUUUAUCAACUACUGAUGAGGGUUAUGCCAUAAUAUAUGCCAACACGUCAUCUGAUGCAUCCGUUACGAUGGAAGACACAACAAAUGAUCCAUUUAAACCAUAUGGUGAAAUCUAUGCCGUAUUUCUAUCUUAUGAACAAAAGGAAACGCCGCAUCCUGUUGUACUUUAUCAAACGCAAAGAAGAUUCAUACAGUUUACUUCAUUAAGUUGUAACAUUGCUUGUGUCGGUGUAGGUCAUGUAUGUUUACUCACCGUAAAUAUUACUGAUUUAGAUGAAAGAUUUUACGUUCAAAUCAACUUUUUAUCUAGGGGUACGGUAACUGGAUUUAAUACGAUUAAUAGUAUUACUUCUCAAAAUGUUACCAUCCCAGAGUUCAACAUUAGAUCUUUGCCUUAUGGUGGUUAUUUUAUGAGUGGCUUCGCAAAACAAGGUGAUGAUGUCUUGUUAUACGGGUAUUUAUAUGAUGAGCAUGGUAAAGUUUACUUUGGGGAUUUACCUAAAUCUUUUCCAACAAAUCUAUUUGGGUCCACCACUAUUUUAAAGAACAAUACCUUAGUAAUUGCUCAAAAAGAAAGCAUUGGUGUUUGGUCUUUAAAUCUCGUUGAUAUCAUUAAAUUCGAAUCCGAUCGUGAUCACGGAUACGAAAAUUUCAAAAUCGAUUCAACGAUUCCACAAAUUUCCGAAACGAUCAAAUCAACUCAAGAUCAUGUUCGAAUCAAUUUCUUUGAAUCUAUCACUUUAUCUUCAGGAUAUGUUACAAUAUAUAAAUUGGAAGAAUCUGACAAAAAAUUAAGACAAAGAACAGAAGGACUUAAUAAUGAUUUUGUUUCACUUGAUAAUGCUCAAAGUGUUAAGAUAAAAAUCAUUGCACCUACGUUCAAUCGUCCCGGUAAUUAUACCGUUGAAGUGGAUAAUAAUUUUAUUAAAAGUAAAGCUUUCAACGAACCAUUAAAUGGCGUGAGACAAGGUCUUUGGUACUUCCAAACUGAACCAAUGAAAGAAAAAAAAAGUAAAUCAGUUGAGGGAAGGGUGAGAUUAAAUCCUGAAGGUUCUGGUCACUUUGAAAAACUUGAUGAAGAUGGUAAAGCUAAAUUUAUUCGUAAACUACAAGAAGAGUUAGCUGAUGCUAUACUGAUCAGUAGGGAUCGUGUAGGUUCCAAUGAACAUAGUCAAAUUGACGUCUCGGCUCCUGAACAAAUUAUUUUAUCUAUUGAUAUUAAAACUACUGAUGAUAAUAAUGAGAGAACUGUUCCUUUGGCUGUUGAAGAUUUAAAUACUUUGAUUGUAAAUAAAUUUAUUACUUCUCUUGCUGAAGGUGAAAAUUCCAAGUACUUGGAUGAAAAUUAUGGUUAUAAGCCGUUUCCCAAUUAUUGGGAAGAAAUUCGGUUAAGUUUGAUAGGAAUGCUUUUUGUUUUUACUGCAUUUGUUAUCCUCUUUUUAACGGCUCAACGAAGGGCACAAAAUUCCAAACGAAGGGCAUAUAACCUUGCUAUAUUACAACUUGGAUUGAUCAUAUCUGAUUUUUUAUUGGAUAUUCUUUUCUUAUCUAAAAGUGCUCGAGAUGUAGAAUGGCUCUACAUUCCAAGUCUUAUAAUAUUAAUAAUACCAACAACAUUAAAUAUUAUCUUAGCAUUUUAUAUUAUAACGGAAGAAAAUUUGAAAAAUUUGAAAUUUAAAAAUUGGUCACAUCAGAAUAUGAAAGUUGUAUCGGCCUUUACUUUGUUAGCAGGUGCCGAUAUUGAAGCAUUAAAUAUUUUACAAAGCAAUAUCGCAGAUCUCGACAUGUUUAAAGCUAAAUUUAGUGAAAAUGCCGUAACAAUGAUUUUUUGGGCUGCUUGUUUAGAUAUUGUCGUUGAAGAUAUACCUCAAGUAACGUUUCAAAUUUUAUAUUACCAGAAUGUUGUCUAUUAUAAUAUAAUACCUUUGUUAACACUGAUUUCGUCUUGUAUAACGCUUACCAUAAAUAUAAUCGGUAGAUCAUAUCAAGCCAUACAACGUAUUCGUGAUGAAGAUAAUUUCUAUAAUCCUCACAAUACUGAUGAUGAUGAUUUUGGUGUUACUGAUGUCAGUAAAAACGCUAAUUUGCAAUUUAAACCCGAACAUCACCAUGAUCGUGGAGGUAAUUCAUUGAAUCCGGAAAAAAUUAAAAGUGGAAAAGUUGAACCGGAACCUGUAAUAGAUCCUCAACAAGUCAAUUCGAACGAUGAAGGAAUGCUUAAACAAACGACAUCUAAGAGUAAUUUUCAAGAAAUGAUUCAAUAG